GGAACAGCGCAUCGGAAUCGGAUCUGAAUACGUAUAUCUGCAACUAUGAAUAAUCAAACAAAUUAAGUGUUAUCCUAUAAUUAGAGAGCUGGACAUGGUCAAAUCUCUCAACCCUACCACGUUUAUUUAAUGCAGCACGGUGCACGGAGGUUGGUGCGUCCAUGAUCCAUCUCAUUCACUUCUUCACACUACACACAAACACACACAUUUUCUUUCUCUCUCCCUAUCGGAAUCGGAAUCGGCGGUUACUAUGGUGGACACUCUGAAGUAUCUGAUGGGCUCGCCAGGCCCUUCCGGGUUUGGCUCUGGUUCUACCGCCGAACAAGUCACCGAACCGGCCUCCUCCAACCUUUCCUCUGUCACCGCCAUCAUUACCGGCGCGACGUCGGGAAUCGGAGCUGAAACUGCGAGGGUUCUGGCGAAGCUUGGAGUGAGGUUGAUUUUGCCGGCUCGAACCCUGAAAGCUGCCGAAGACGCUAAAGCUCGAAUCCUCUCCGAGUCUCCCAACUCGCACAUCAUUGUGAUGCCUCUCGAUCUUAGUUCUCUCCGCUCUGUUCGGGCCUUCGUUUCUCACUUCCAUUCCCUCCGUUUACCUCUCCACCUUCUCAUAAACAACGCUGGAAAGUUCGCGCAUCAUCACGCAAUCUCCGAAGAUGGAUUUGAGAUUACCUUUGCAACGAAUUAUCUAGGUCAUUUUCUGUUGACGGACUUGCUGUUGAAGACGAUGGUGGAAACGGCGGAGAAGACGGGGAUCCAAGGAAGGAUCGUCAACGUGUCUUCCAACGUACAUGGCUGGUUUUCCGGCGACAUUAUCCGAUAUCUAGCUCUUAUUACCCGCGACCACAGCCAUUACAACCCCACACGUGCUUAUGCUCUGUCUAAGCUCGCCAACAUCUUACACACCAAGCAUCUUGCUCUCAAGCUCCAGCAAAUGGGAGCUAACGUGACUGUGAAUUGCGUUCAUCCGGGGAUAGUCAGGACCAGGCUCACCAGGGAACGUGAAGGCUUACUUACAGAUAUAGCGUUCUUUUUAACUUCGAAAUUCCUCAAAACCAUCCCCCAGGCUGCUGCGACGACAUGUUAUGUGGCGACGCAUCCGAGGCUGUUAAAUGUGUCCGGCAAGUACUUUGCUGACUGCAACGAAGCUUCCAUGUCAAAACCAGGAUCCAGUUCAACGGAAGCUGCAAGGUUGUGGGAAGCUUCCGAAUCUAUGAUCUCCGUCGGCCCCAAAUCUCUUCUCGACCUCCUCGACGACAGUGAAUGAAAUUAAUCUAUGGAUACACACACACAUUAGAAAAUUAGUAUAAAUACAAGUAUAUGUAUACAAGUUAGUUAGUGGUUUAGCUUUAGCAUUGAAGUGUUAGCCAGGGUGCAUGAACAAGGCAGUGUAAAUUACUUAGAGUAAACGUCAGAAAAAAUUGAGAAGCUGGAAUUAUUUUAUGUGGGAUUAUAGUUGGUUUAAAAUAUUUGUGCUUUAGUUUGCCAUAAUGAUUAUAUGAUUAUAUGGUGGUUUA